ACCAUCAUUGUCUCCGGGUGACGCAUGGAUAUCGGGCUCCAUGAUGGAUGGGGAUACCAUGAAUGAACACGGCCCUAAAAAUAAGGGACCUCAGUACGAUAGAAACUCGAUACGCUGCAUUACUAUUGCUCAAGCCAUGAAAGCUGAAAGGAUGCACGAGACUGCACCUUUCAAAAUAGAAGGGAAAGAAAUUGGACAGGUUGCGAUAGUUGGGAACCUUCUUUCCCACUCCGUGAAAGACCAGUAUACAGAUUUUGGGAUAGGCGAUGGAACUGGAAAGCUUACUGUCCGUCUGUGGAGAUCCGAUGCUAGCGAUGUCUUCAUUCCGGAUAUCGACCAAGAGAUGAUCAAUAAAUUCCAGCUCAUUCGCGUUACUGGGAGGCUGGACCGCUGGAAGACCAAUACUAUGCUGCCUCAUAUGCUUUCAAUGCAUAUAAUAUCUGAUCCGCUCGCAAUGUAUUGGCAUUUGUUGCAAUGCGCGACGGAAACCUUGAUAUACGAGCGAGGCAUGCCGCCGUCACAGGAAACAAGCGCCCCUCCUGUUCCUCAGGCGCUUACACAGCCGGACUACGGUAUCCAAGAUGUGACGAUGAGCUUCGCGGAGACGUCCCUGAGCCCUGAGCCCAAGCGAAAGCCGCGCAAGAAGCACCCGCCUAAGCAGCCGACACCAUCUCCGCCAGACUCCCCCAUCGAGAUCCAAAUGAUUGAGCAUGUAAUCGACGAGGACAUAGUCAUGCUGGAAUACCCCAAUAGAUCCAACCCAACAACACCCCAGAAAACGCCGUCGACCCGAAAUCAGGCGACACCAUCGCUUUUGUUCUCACAGGACACAGCAACUCCGGCAUCUUCGUCAAAGAGGCGCCUGAAAGAUCAUAAUCAAGACUCGCCCUCAAAAAGCCGUCCGCAGAAACGUGAUCCUUAUUCGGAUCUUAGCGCCAUUCAGAGAGAAAUCAUUCUCUUUAUCAACGGGGAGGCAGGCAAUGUUAGCCUAUACCCUACAAUGGGUGGCAACCUCGACACGUCGACCUUUGAGGAAGGUGUCUCCCGUAACACGAUUAUUACCACACUUAGCCACCGCAUGUCCGCCGAUGCUAUACGGAGUGAAAUUGAAUUUUUAAGAGUGCGAGGUUACAUUUAUUCCACGGGUGACGAAGAACAUUUUGCAGUCACCUAAUCUGGCAUGAAAAACGCUCUCUUCUGACACGUCGACGGCGGUGCAAAACUAUGGAAUGAAUUUCUUUUGAUGUAUCAUGUUGAAAUGCUUUGUUGUAAUAUAGUUUUGCUUCCUGAAUCAUUUUCGACCUUAGGGCCUACAAAGGACGCGUCAUCAGCGAGAACGCUUGAG